AAAACAAAGCAGUUAACUGAUGAUAUGACUUAAACUAAGGCGGGUUAAACCAACAUAUAGAAUGAACAUGGGAUAAUAGAUUUACAAAUUAAAUCUAAAGAGAAUUAAGAAUCAUGUCACUUAUAUCGCGAUCUCGUUUGGUUAUUACGAUUUUGACGAUUGGUUUGAUCGCUGGACAAUCUAUUUUAUAUUGGAUUAAAGAGAAACAUGAAGCAGACGCUGCAUACUGGAAAUCUGUGAGAAAACGAAUUAAGGAAGGUGGUUACUCAAACACAACUUGUCCAUAUAACCCUGCAUCUUUAGCUUGGGAACCACUGCUGAAUAAAAAUAUCAAUCUAACGAUUGAAGAAAUUGAAAAAGUCCACAACAAUGUUAGGUCAGGAGGCUGGACCCCUCCGUGCAAACCAAGGCACGAUCUCAUACUUAUAGUACCAGCUACACGCAGAGAAGAACAUCUUAGAGUAUUCCUAUGGCACAUACACGCUUUUCUGCAGCAACAGCUCAUACAAUACGUCAUAUACGUCGUCACUCAGGUUGAACCGACAAACAUCUUUAACAAAGCAAUGACAAUGAAUGCAGCGUUUAUAGAAGCAACGAAGAUGUACCCAUAUUCUUGUGUUAUAUUCCACGAUGUGGAUCUCAUUCCGGAGUCAAACAAUUGGCCAUAUACGUGUGAAACCCCUGUGGCACAUUUGGCUGCAUACGUGGAUAGGCUACACUAUAGCUUGCCAUAUAAGAAUGCCUUUGGAGGUGUCGUAGCAUUUCAGAAAGAUGAAUUUAAAAAAGUUAAUGGAUAUUCCAACAGCUUUUGGGGAUGGGGAGGGGAGGAUGAUGACCUUGGUGGGCGGGUGAGAAAACAUAGCCUUGAUAUUGUAAGACCGACACGAACCCAGUUGAGCUACACUAUGUUAAGACAUGCAAGAGAUCCUAGCAAUAAAGUGAACAUCGGCAGCUAUCAUGUGAUAAGAGACCCUGAUGAUGGACUUAAAACCAUAAAAUAUACAAAACUUGAUUUAAAGCUGCACAGACUUUACACACAAUUACUAGUCUCGUUUGAAUCACCUAAAGUGAACCUCACUUUCGAAUCUUUAGAACAGUCGAACCAUAUGCUAGAAAAAAAGGAACCUAAAUAAAAGUCCAAGGAAAAAGGAAUGAGAUGACAAUCGGCAGCAGAUCUCCUGUACAUCAUGAGAGCCUUGA